UCGUUCUUGCCGGUGCUUCGCGGGAAGGCAAAGAAACAAGUGGGCGGGAGAGAGACGGCGUUAGGGUUUCGAUUUGUGGGGUUUGGGCGAUGGCUGGCGAGAAGCCACCGUUAGAGAUAUGCAAGGGCGUCAAUGACCUCGACAAGGUCGUCGCGCUCAGAGACGCCCGCGGGAGCUCGGCCGAGCAAAUAGAGCAAUUGAGGAGAAGGUCGUAUGCACUAACUGGGGAAGUGAAAUUUGCACAGGAGGAGGAUAUUCGACUAGAGACGACACGUGCUCGAUUGUCAAAUGUGCUCAAAAGGCAUGAAGAGUUGAAGGAGCGGUUAUCAAGGGACUCUGAUAAGAUGAUAUUUGAGCGUUUGCAGAAAGAAUUUGAAGCUGCACGAGCUGCUCAAUCUGAAGAGAUCUCCUUGGAUGGUGAGCAGUGGAAUGAUGGACUACUAGCUACGAUCCGUGAAAGAGUUCACAUGGAAGCUGAUAGAAAGGCAAUAUCAAGUCAAACAAGUACUCCGCUGGAUCCACCGAUCCAUGCAAAAAUAACAUACAAAAUAAAAAAUAAGGUGAUAUGUUGUCUGGAAGGUGCGAGAAUUGGCAUACAAUUUGAGACCAUUUUUGCUGGAGAACCUUGUGAAAUAUACCAUUGUGUGCUUGAAAGCAAAUCAUUUCUUGAAAAGAUGUCAGUGAUUGAGCACACAGUUCCUUUCUUUCUCCCAAUACGGGAAGCAGAAAAUGACCUUCUCUCUUCUAAUGCAAUUAAAUUCAUAGAUUAUGUUGGAGAAAUUCUGCAGUCGUAUGUUGAGAGGAGAGAACAGGUUCGCCUUAUCAAGGAGCUAUAUGGAAACCAAAUUGGGGAACUAUUUCAUAGCCUUUCUUACAACUUAAUUGAAUUUGUAUUGGAGGACUUUGAUUGCAAGGUGACUGUCAGUCUCAGAUAUGCCGACCUUGUUUCUAUAUUGCCAAGUAGGAUCAGGGUUUUGGCAUGGCCUGUACACCCUUCUAAGAAGAUUUUAGCGGUGGAUAGAAAAGAAAGUGGGCCUGCACUAGCUCAAUCUAUUCCAUCUCGUCUUUCCUAUGCUGAGGAUGCUCUCAGAACUAUGAGCUUGCCAGAAGCAUAUGCAGAGAUAGUGUUGAAUCUCCCCCGGGUGCUGCAACAGAUGUUCCCACAUCUUGGUGGUGCUUAAGUUUAGGUGAGCGCUUGCAUUCGGAACAAAUAUCAAAGCUAUAUGGUUCUCUAUCAUGACCAAAAUAAUGCAAAGAAACCUUGGCUCACAGCAAAGGAUGCUAGUCUUCCUGCACCAUUUCUCACUGCUUAAGAAUGUUUUACGGGAAACUACAGACCAGCACAAUCUGAUAAGCAGUCCAUUUCAUUCUGCAUGUAGAUAGAUUUCGAUACACUAAUUUUGACUUGGUCUGUUGAAGUUACCAUGGAUGAAAGGUCUUGUUGUGUUUCUUAGAACUGAUAACUAACUUUUCUAUGAGACCUGUAAAGGGGACUGCUAAUUAUUAUAUGAGCGAUGCUACUUAGGCUUUU